AUGGUAGAGAUCAGGGGGAUGCUCCAGCAACUCAUUGGGACAAACGGUAAGAUGCAAGAAAAGUUGGCAGUACAUGAUUCAGCUAUAAAGAACAUUGAAACUCAGUUGGGGCAGUUAUCUAUGGCUUUGAACAAUCUCCCCCAAGGAACAUUGCCAGCGGAUACAAAUAUUAACCCCAAGGAGCAAAACCCGAAUCAGCUAAUGGCAGUCAGUCUUCGGAAUGGGAGAGAUUUAGACAAGGAGCAGGAGGUUGCACAAGCCAGCAAGGAGACUACACCAGCCACUCCAACUCCACUAGAGGUAGAUGAACCAACAAAUCUGAAUGAAGUGGUAGUUGAACAGGGCCAAGAUGAAAAGGGUAAGGCUAAGGUAAACGAACAAGCUGCAGAACAGGUGGUGCCUCUUGUGCCACAGAACCCCAACAGAGAGAAGCCAGCAAGCAGUGCACAAAGGUUGAAUAUUCCUUUAAUGGAUGCCUUGAGGGAGAUGCCAGGUUAUGCAAAGAUGAUGAAAGACCAAAUGUCAGGGAAGUUUUAUUUUUCAGGAUCUAUCCACAGUGACUCUGACGCAAACCUGCAGCGCAGUAGUGACCAGACCAAUGGCUCAAAAGAUGUCCGACCCAGAGCUAGACCGACUUCGAUGAUGCUGCAGCUGGCCGACCGCACGGUAAAAAAACCUACUGGGAUUCUUGAUGAUGUAUUGGUGCAAGUGGGGAAGUUCGUGUUCCCUGCAGACUUUGUUAUUCUAUAUUGUCAGGUAGAUGAGGAGAUACCUAUCAUUUUAGGUAGGCCAUUUUUGGCCACUGGGAGAGCCCUGAUUGAUUGUGAGACUGGGGAAUUAAAAAUUAGACUGAACGAUGAAGAAGUCAUAUUCAAUGUUCAGCAUUCCAUGAGAGACCCAGUGAAUAUAGGGAUUUCUCUUUAG